GCCCGUGAGGAGACGGCUGGCAGCGCGCGGCCCACGGCGUUUCUUGGUGGCGGUUGCUGCGGGUUGGCUCGCGCGGGUACAGGCAGUAUUGGAGGCAGAAGUUGUACAAUAUAUUGAUUCCAACAUUUGUAGCAUCUUCAGGAAAAAAAGAAAAGUAAGAUAAUUAGAAAUCUCAUGACAUCAGGAAUGCUACCAGAAAACCUUGUGGCAUCCAAGGUUACUGAUGUAAAAGGAGAUGGGAAGUGCAACCUUGAACAAAUGGGAAAUGAAUUACUGGAAAAGAUGGAGAAUAUUGAAGCUAUGUCAAAGAGGCAAAGAAAGAAGCUAAUGAAACAGAAACAGUGGGAAGAACAAAGAAACUUGCGCAAACAGAAACGUAAAGAAAAACGCCUGAAGAGAAAACAAGAGCGCCAGUCUCAGUUGGAAUCUAGCAACGAUGGAAGUUUCAGGAAACGUUUGCGUAGAGAUGUUGCUCCUAGUACCCUUCGCCUUAUUAUAGAUUGCAGUUUUGACAAUUUAAUGGAGCUAAAGGAUGUCAAGAAACUUCACAAGCAAAUUCAGAGAUGUUAUGCAGAAAAUCGCAAAGCACUCCAUCCUGUACAGUUUUACUUGACUAGCCAUGGAGGCCAGCUAAAGCACAACAUGAAUGAAACUGACAAAGGAUGGGUAAACUGGAAGGAUAUCCACAUUAAAUCAGAACAUUAUAGUGAACUGAUGAAGAAAGAAGACCUUGUGUACCUUACAUCGGACUCUCCUGAAGUCCUGAAUGAACUAGAUGAGUCCAAGGCCUAUGUCAUUGGAGGCCUUGUGGAUCACAAUCAUCACAAGGGCAUUACAUACAAAAGAGCACAAGAAGAAGGCAUAAGUCAUGCACAACUUCCACUAGGGAUCUUUGUGAAAAUGAACAGUCGGAAAGUUCUGGCAGUCAAUCAUGUGUUUGAAAUCAUCCUUGCAUUCUUGGAAAAGAGAGACUGGGAGGAAGCAUUUUUCACCGUUUUGCCACAACGGAAAGGAGCCAAACCACUAAAUGAGACAACCGAAGCCACCGUGUGCAAGCGGCAAAAGUCAGAAAUGGUACAAGGUGAAAUCUCAGAUAGCGAAUAAGCGCCCCUGGGUGUUAAUUUAAUUUGAAUAUUUAAUAUCCAAAGAUGGCAAUGGAUGGAAGCUGAAUGAAUACACAGGAAUGGUUUGCUGUCCUUGCAGUGUACAGUUGUUUAUGGAGUGCUGCACAGCUUAUCUGUUAUUAUCAAGCACUAAUUUUAUUUGCCAGAUCUGGACUUCUACUACUCAGAAAAUAUUUGAUUUUUGGUAGCUUUUUAGCAUGCUAAAGGGCGUUUAAAGAAACUUUGUUUCCCAAGGAAGCUGAUAUAUAUUUUUCUUUUUACUAUUUUUAUUUAAUAUUUGCCAGAAGGGGGAGCUUUUAAGUUUGAGUAGCACCUCUGCUUUUUAUUGACCAUGCCAAGAUUGUUUUCACAAGUACUACUGCCAAAUCACUUGUUCCGCAUUAAUACCUGUGUAUCUGAUUUCCCCAUCCUUGAAUACAGAGUUUUGUAUUAAAUACAUAACUUUGCUAGUUUCAACCCAGUUUUCCAUUCAAAUUUAAUUCCUGUCUUCUGAGGCAUUCAUUUAGCCAUCACUCUCAAUUUUCUGUUAGGAUAUUUAGGCUAUAAGACUUUCAUUAAUGCAUUUUAUGUUACUAAUUUUGUCCCAUUAAAAAAACAAAGCAGAUCAUGAUAUGUACAGUC